AUGUCGACAAGGGGAAGGUUAAAGCUAAAUUUCAUAGAUAACAAAUCAGCAAGAAACCAAACUUUUAAGAAGAGGACGAGAGGUUUUAUGAAGAAAGCCAAAGAGCUGUCUACUCUCUGCGGUAUCAAAGUUUCUGCGGUUAUCAAGAGCUGCGACAAUGCGGAGCCGGAGUUUUGGCCGUCAAGGGAAGGCGCUGAAGCAGUGCACUCGGAGUUUAUGAAGGUGGUGGAGACGCAAGGGUUCAGUAAGAUGCAUAACCAUGAGAGUUAUCUGUUGGAGAGGAUCCAGAAAGACGGAGAGAAGGCAAGGAGGCUACAUGCUGAGAAUCGAGAGAUUGAACUUAGAGAGGUUAUGUUCGAUCUUCUCAAGGGGAAGACGCUGAUGCCGCAUCAGUAUGGUGAUCCAAGUUUUAUGAGAGAGCUGAAUCUUUUCAUUGGUGGUUAUGCCAAUAGGGUAACUUACAGAACCCAAUUCCUCGAGGGGAGUGUUGAGCCUGUUCCUCCUAAUUUCGCUGGUGCAAAUGCACAUGGUCCUGUUGUUGAUGAUGUGAACCCUGUUGUUGUCGGAACCGAGGGUUCGGUAAUUAACCCUACUGAAGCUUAUGACCAUAUGCCCCAAUAUGAUGGUAUGGAUAUGAGUGUGAAUGUGGAGGUUCCUGAACCAUUUCAAUACCAAACUAAUGCUAACUAUUAUGAUCAGACUCAACCUUGGUUCAAUGGUUCGAGCCAAGGUAUGAAUGUGAAUCAUCAAGAACCAUUUCAAUACCAAACUCCUCCUAACUCUUAUGAUCACAUCCAGCCUAUGUUCAAUGGUUCGAGCCAGGGUAUGAAUAUGAAAUAUGAAGAACCAUUCCAAUACCAACCUCAUGGUAACUUGUAUGAUCAGAUGCAGCCUAUGUUCUAUGGUUCGAGCCAGGAUAUGUAUACAGGUUUGAGUCACGAUCAGGGACAGAGUUCGAAUACAACACAACAGUUCAUGAGCCUAUUGAUGGGACGACCUCAGCAGAUGAGUGAUGUUCAAGAUCUUGCAAGCGUUGCUUCCAUGGAUGACAACAAUAAUCGCUACCAACAACUACCAGUCACCAGUCAGAUGCCUUCCACCACCACCACCACCACCGCCGCCGCCAAUCUUUCUGGUCAUAGCAUCAACAAUGGUUGGCCAACAAAGUUUGGUUUGGACUGA